AUGACAGUCAAGACAGUUGUCGCUUUUGACUUGUAUGAAGGCCGCUAUGAAGACUUCUCAACCAUCACACGUAACUGUCUAUUACACGCGCUGGCCGAGAACAACGAGCAGCUGAGCGACAACAACAUCGAACACUUGAUGCAAGCUUACGACAGUCUCUCGACGUUUUCUGACGUGAAGCCAGCUCUGACCCAGAUAGCUGCAGACCCCAACAUCCAAGCUGUGAUAUUCUCCAACGGGACGAAAACUAUGGUGUCCAACUCGGUGUUGCGGUCCAAGGACCUUUCGCCGCACGCGAGCAUCUUCCAAGAUAUCGUCACCGUAGACGAAGUCAAGCAAUAUAAGCCAUCAAAGGCAAGCUACGAGCACCUAGCGAAGCAGACAGGCCAAAACCCAUCGGAUAUGAGCAAACUUUGGCUUAUUAGCGGCAACCCUUUCGACAUUGUCGGGGCGCGCGCUACAGGCAUGCAAGCUAUAUGGGUUGAUCGCAUUGGUACGGGAUGGAAGGAUGCCGUGGCUCCAGAUCUACAGCCAACGGUCAUUGUACACAGUCUGGAGCAGAUUGUGAACGAAAUUCAUAGACAUCCGGUUUAA